AUGGUUUUCUUGAAGACAUUUGCUACUACGCUUGCUGCUGCGACUUUCGUUUCAGCACAGCACGACACUGGAGCAAAGCUAGACAAACCCCCUCUUCACGACAACCUCGACUAUCUCAAACAGGGUCUUAUCGACAACCUGCCUGAGACCAAUUUCAACUAUGAUCUUCAAGCCGCGGGUACGAUUCCUGAUGACUGCAACAAGGUUGCCACCGGCCAAAUCUACGACACCGUCAAGUACAACGCUGCUGACUUUGAUAUCUUCAAUGUCCACUACGACGACUGCGGCGACCCCUGGGUCUUCUGCCACCACAAGCAAUCCCCCAUAACCAUCGACUCUAUGGCCCGCCAAUUCGGCAAGCUCCCCGUCCAAAUGCGCCAAUGGAUCCGACACGUCGUCGACGUCCCCGCCGACGCCGGCUGGGCCUUCGAGUUCGAUGGCACCGUCACCUUCGUCAACCCCCAAGACGACAUGAUGCCCGUCAUCGUCCACGAAACAGGCCACUCCCUCGACCUCUCCGGCGCCUACGCAGACAACACACUCUCCGCCUCCGACCGCUGGUGGGACAACUACAAUCAAGACGCCAAGGUCCCAGACACCUACGCUUCUACCAACGCAGUCGAAGAUGUCGCGCAGAACACCGUCGUCGCUGUCUUCAACGAGAACUUCCCUGGAGGCUUUGCCGCUAUAGAGCCCGAUUACGAGAAGAUUUCCCACCAGUAUUACACGCUUAUCAGCGAGGCCAUCGAUGCCGGGCAGGGAAAUAACUUGUUUAAGCCGGGCCAGAGCGCACAGUGUACGCAUCGUAUGGCGCCUACGGAUCCUGUUCCUGUGGGUGGCGCGAAGAGACGUAGCGUGCGCGAGCGGAGGGGUGCGGCUCCGGUUGUUGGGCUGAGCGUGAAUGUCACCGAGAUUGUGACGAGGAGGGAUGGCGCGAGGAAGAGGAGCGAUUGCUCGCUGAGGUGGUGA